AGUAGAGAAGGGAGUGGUACGUCAAAUCUGACGCACAUUUAGCGAUUUUAUAUUCUUGUUUACUGGACAAUUGAGUGACACAAGAUAUUUCCUUGGUGCUUCCUACGUUACAAAGUCGUUAAGGUGACAUCAUUGCUGUUCAUGAGCGAAUGGGUGUUAUGGUGGAAAAAUAUAAUUCAUAGCGAAGAGUAUAGUGUUGGUGCAAGGAAGAGGAAAAUUUGUAAGGCAAGGGAAAUUUUUGGUAAAGAGUGACUCAUUGGUGAAGGGAUUGUUCUGUGAUUACCUCGCCGUGAAGUGUGAAGGAAAAUUCAGAAAAAAAAAUAACUGCAGAAAAUACGAGAAGUUGGAACUUCCGUGUUGUGGUUGCUGUAGAUAGUGCGGAAAAUUGGCCAAGGGGGCCAUUGAGCAUGGUCAAAGGGGGUGUUGUGGUGGCCCGGGAAGCGCCAUCUUGGUGCACAGCUUGAGCCCCCGGAGACAAACACUCAGUCAUUAUAAAACCUACCAUAUUUUCGUGGUGAAAAAUGUCGCUCAGAUUAGUGUAAUUAGUAUUCUCUCUGGAUCAAUACUUAACCUGUUCAGCAGUGGAGCCCCUGCAAUUGUCAGGCAAUUGACUAGCCUCUAGCAUUGCGCACACACUAUUAAAGCGUGUGUAUGUGUGAGUGUGUAUGCCGCCGCGGUUACUCAUUGCGCACUGGAACUUAGCGCGUGUGUCGGACAAUAGCCGCCGGGGAUGAAACGACGAUCGGCGGGACGCCUGUUGAGCAUUAGAGACGCCGCUUGAACUCAACCCACUUGUUUAUUUUCUGUUGCAUUUACCUGUGGAUUUUAGCCGCCAUAGACUUCUACACAGCUCUCGCACACAAUCCCUCAUCCGCCAGUCAACCCUCGACGCAGUGACGAGCGCUACUUGUUGCUGCGGUGUCGCCCUUUUUCCACCAUAUCCUAAAUCAUACAUCCUCACUUGUAGCUUCAAGCAUGGACUCAAGCCUGGCUGUAUCCUCUCGCAAUAUAAAAAUCCAUCAAGAAUUUUACAUAUAAGGGAGCACCAAAAUAUGCUACUCAUCUCUAAAACGAGAUAUUUUAUUGAAGACAACGAAAGCAAUAACCCUCCUGUGAGUUUAAAUCUGCGAAAGAGAGAAAAAUCUACUCUAGUCUGAUUUUUAUUUUUUCAAUUUUCCAAACGAAAGUAUUUGUAUGUUUAAGUGGAAAAAGAGCGCUUUAUACUUAAAGUGAAAAGAGAAAUGCCUCGCUGCUACAUGGUAAAAAAGCACCAGGGGCAAAUGUCUCCUGUGCAAAAAACGAACGAGAGUGUCCGUUAUCGCCAACAGUCACCAGCAAUGCGGGUUAAAUUACCCCCAAAAGAGGACACCGUGGAACCUGUAAGUCCAACAGAAGGCUCAGUGGCACCACUUUAUGGAUCACCAGAGAAUAGAGGAGGUAUAUCCUCCGUAGAAUCUAUUCGUGGUCGAACAGAUCGCAGUGUUACAGUGAUAACAGCAACUCCAAAACAUCAAUCCAUUCCUACAUCGGUAGUCGUCCAGCCAACAUCAAGAAGUCUUCGAUUGGCAGAGCCUGUUAUUGUUUACACACCACCAGUCAGGGUAGAACAGGUGCCAGAAAUUAGUCCACUUUUCAAAGAUCGCAGUAUCGAAGAGACAGAAGCGGCACAUGAUCUCCUUUCCCUGUCACAAAGUCUACCACCACUCCCGGCACCAUGUGUAGUUACAAUUCUCCAUCCUGAUCCCAAUUUCCAUCCUACAUCACCCAUUAUGCACGAGAUCAAAACCAAUGCAGCUCAACGCCCAGUGUCACCAAGACCUCGUGGAGUCACAUCGCCCGUCCCUGUGGUGCAAGUGUACGAACUGGCACCAGCUCAGAAUGUAGCUCCAUUAACACCACCAACAUCAGAACAUAGUUCAGAUGCAGAACUGGGAGCAUCGUCGGACUCGUCCUCAGUUAGUUUCUGCGGCGGGCGACCACGUCGCCAAUCUACAACCCAAAAAGCUACAUCUGCCGCCUCCGAGGUCUAUACGUAUGAUGAUCUAAUGGUUAGUGAUGGGCGAUCAAAGAACAAGCGGCGGGAGGCCGCAAAAGCUGCCGCUGCCGCCGAAGCGGCUGACAUUUCACGAAAAAAUAAAUAUCGUUGCCCCGAAUGUGGCAAGCAGUACGCCACAUCGAGCAAUCUUAGCCGCCAUAAGCAGACCCAUCGCAGCCUAGACUCACAGUCCGCCAAAAAGUGUCAUACAUGUGGCAAGGCGUAUGUUUCAAUGCCGGCUCUAGCAAUGCACGUGCUCACACAUAAGCUUUCUCAUAGUUGUGGCGUCUGCGGAAAGCUUUUUUCACGGCCGUGGCUGUUGCAGGGUCAUCUACGUUCCCAUACUGGAGAGAAACCCUACGGUUGCGCCCAUUGUGGCAAAGCCUUUGCUGACCGUUCCAACCUCCGAGCUCAUAUGCAGACUCAUUCAGCUGAUAAGAACUUCGAAUGCUCACGAUGCCAUAAGACCUUCGCACUGAAGUCUUACCUAAACAAACAUCUCGAGUCUGCAUGUUUCAAAGAGGAUAACAGGGAGGAAAUGCGUACCACACAAGAAGAUGAUGAUGAUUCAGAUGAUGAAUUCAUCAUUGUCACGUAAGAAAUACUCUAGUCACUUCUUUUCCAAACCAUUUUUUUCACAGUAGG